CAUCGCUUUUCAAAUUAUAUUUGUUCACUCUGCAGCAAAAUGAAUGAUUUCAAGCGGUCAUCGGACUGUCCUGAUAAAGACAGGACUGAAUAAGUUUGACGAGUCUAUAUAUAUACUUUACUAACUUCUUCUGAGCCACAUUCGUUACUGUUUCGACUUUGAUUUCUUUGGAAGCAGCUUCACACUUUAUCUCAGGAAAGCAGCCACACAUCUUAAUUCUGUAUCGUGACAAGUGGUAACGUUAACUUAUCAAGGUAACGUUAGGACAUCAUUUCAACUUGACACAGCGCACCAAGACGGUCUAAACGACUUUGUCACAUGGCGGGGUUGUGGAGAUCUUAUCAGGCUAUAAUGACCAGACAUCCAUGGACGCUGCAGAUUAUAACUGCUGGUUCUCUGGUGGGAGUGGGCGAUGUAAUUUCCCAGCAGCUGAUUGAACGGCGUGGACUGGCCAAUCACAGCAUGAAACGUACCGCCAAGAUGAUGAGCAUUGGCUUCUUCUUCGUCGGUCCGGUUGUGGGUGGCUGGUAUAAAGUGCUGGAUAAACUUGUCACAGGUGGCACUAAAAGUGCAGCAAUGAAGAAAAUGCUCCUUGACCAGGUGGGCUUUGCUCCAUGUUUUUUGGGGGCUUUCCUGGGAAUUUCUGGAGCUCUCAGUGGAUUAACUUUGGAGGAGAAUGUAGGCAAGCUCAAGAGGGACUAUACGGAUGCCUUGAUCUCCAAUUACUUUCUUUGGCCACCGGUGCAGAUGGCCAAUUUUUAUUUCGUCCCUCUUCACCACAGGUUGGCUGUUGUUCAGAUUGUGGCUGUCGUCUGGAAUUCUUACCUCUCCUGGAAAGCCAAUAAAAUGUAGAGAUUAACUACCUCCUACCUCACACAUGGGAACAUACCGCUUUGUUGUAGUUUUUUUCCGCAUCGAAUACAUGUAGUUGCGUGUUUGGUUUACAGAUAUGAAUUGUAGUCACAAACGUCCAAUUUGUCUCCAAAAUGUAAGACUUGUAAACAGUUAAUAUACAUUCUUCAUAUAAAGAUUCCAUUAUUACAAUU